AUGUUCCUGGGGGCUCUGAGUUUUCUGUAUUUUGCGAAAGCUCUGUCGGGAAGUUAUCUGAAAAGCUCCAUCACGCAGAUCGAGAGACGAUUCGAGAUCCCCUCUUCUCUUGUCGGCGUCAUUGACGGCAGCUUCGAGAUCGGAAACCUCCUGGUUAUAAUCGUCGUGAGUUACUUUGGAGCCAAACUGCACCGGCCCAAAAUAAUUGCCGCGGGGUGUCUGAUCAUGUCGGCCGGAACCUUUUUCAUUGCGAUGCCCCAUUUUUUUAUGGCUCGCUAUUCUUAUGGGAAGGCUCUGUUACAUUCUUCAAAUUAUACAAGCAAUCUCUCUCCGUGUCUACAAAUGAUCUCUGACGUGGAAAUGAGCGCCGAUAUCUGUCCGUUGGAAGCGUCGUCCUCCUGGGUCUCCGGCUGCGACGCGGACGUGGAAAGCUCUCUGUGGGUUUACGUCUUAUUGGGGAACCUCCUGCGUGGAAUUGGAGAAGCGCCGAUACAACCUCUGGGAAUAUCUUAUCUGGACGAUUAUUCCAGAGAGGAGGACUCCGCUUUCUAUAUCGGAUGCGUCCAAACGGCUGCCGUAGUCGGACCGAUAUUCGGCUUCCUGUUGGGAUCGUUGUGCGCCCGCCUGUUUGUUGAUUUUGGCGCCGUGGACUUAGACCAAGUGGCCAUCACGCCGGAGGACGCCCAGUGGAUUGGAGCGUGGUGGCUCGGUUACCUGGUAGCCGGGGCGGUCAGUUCUCUCGCCACAAUACCUUUCUGGUUCUUACCGAACGAGCAAAACCAGACAGAAGUCCGGAAGAACUCCAGCACCGCGUCGGAGCGAUCCGUGUUCAUCUUAGAAGAAGUCAGCGGGCGGAAGACGCAGAUGCUGAAGAUGGCAAAAGAGUUUUUGCCGUCGCUGAGAGACGUUUUGGGGAAUCCGGUGUAUUUUCUGUAUGUGUGCGGGAGCGUUUUCCAGUAUAACUCGUUAAUCGGGAUGGUCACCUACAAACCCAAAUACAUCGAGCAGCAGUACGGACAGACGUCGUCCACAACCAAUUUCAUCAUCGGCCUGAUAAACGUCCCCGCAGUGGCCCUCGGGAUUUUUUCUGGAGGGGUCAUAAUGAAAAAGUUCCGGGUGGAUAUUUUGGGGGCCGCGCAGCUCCUGCUCGGCUCCUCGGUUGUCGGAUAUCUGAUGCUCUUGUCUUUGUUUGCUUUGGGAUGUGAAAAUUCCUCGGUGGCCGGACUCACGGUCUCCUACCAGGGAUUUCCGCCCGUCUUGGAUCCGGAAGCCGCGGAUUCCGGGUGUAACUUGAGCUGCUUCUGCCCCGGGAAUCAGUGGGAUCCGGUCUGCGGGGAGAAUGGGGUCACCUACUUCUCAGCGUGUUUUGCGGGUUGCAGGUCCUCUAACGGGACUGGGAGAAUGACGACGUUUUCUAACUGCAGUUGCGUGGCCCCCAGAGUGUGGCCCCCUGUCGGUGGCUCCGCCGUGCCGGGUCCCUGCGCUAAAGGGCUCUAUUGCUCUAAAAAGCUCCUGUAUUUUGUCAUCGUUUCAGUCGUUACCUCCUUCGCCCUGUCAUUCGGCGGCACCCCGGGGUACAUCUUACUUUUGAGGUGCACGAAGCGCGAGCUGAAGCCCCUGGCGCUGGGUAUUUAUACGAUGGCGGUGCGGGUCCUCGCCGGAGUUCCCGCCCCGGUGUAUUUUGGGGCGUUGAUUGACAGCGUUUGCCUAAAAUGGAGUAACAGGAAGUGCCGAGGGAAAGGCGCAUGCAGACUGUACAACACCGACGGCUUCCGGUACGUUUAUCUCGGCGUCACGGCGGCGCUGGGCUCGGCCUUCAUCUUCCUCAACGCUGUUGUCGUCUUCAUGUUAAGGAAACGCAGAAUUGCGACCAAUAAGAGGGUGACCGGCGGCGCAUGUCAGAGAUUGGCCAACCAGAGCGUUGGCGGGAAGUCGCAUCUCACGCAACCCGCGUAUUCCUCGCAAGAAGAGACGCAGCUUUGAGAGGGCGGCCGAGACUGGAACCUGUGAAUAUAGACCACGCCCUCUUUUAACUCUUUGCAACCUAAAUUAUGUUGAACGCGUUGGGAGGGAAAGCCGACUCACGUGGCUAACAAACCAGAAAUGACUUUCGCGGUUCAGUAAACCUAUAAAAUAUUUGCAACCCCGAAUAUGCG